AUGCACCACUCUUUUAUCUCGGCAUUGAUUGCCGUCGGUUCUGCCGUUCAAGCUGCUGCGCAGUUGAGCGGCAAGGUCGGACCUUCGACCAGCCCCGCUGACAAGGCGGCUGUUAAAACCUGCAACGUUAUGGAUUAUGGUGCUACUGCCGAUGCAAAGACCGAUAAUGGCCCUGCUAUUCAGAAGGCUUGGGAUGAUUGCAGCGCGGGGGGUGGUGAGGUGUACAUUCCCGAAGGCGACUAUGGACUUGGAACAUGGUUGAAGUUGUCCUCGAAGAAGGCCAUGUCGUUCCGUCUUGAUGGCACUCUUUACCGCAUUGGCACCGAUGGCGGCAACAUGCUCUUCUUCCAGCACAUGCAGGACUUUGAGAUGUACAGUAGCAACUCCAAGGGCGCUAUCCAGGGAUACGGCUACGAGUUUCACAAGAACGAUGAAUAUGGCCCUCGAAUCCUCCGCUUCUACGACGUCAAGGGCUUCUCGAUUCACGAUGUUGCCCUGGUUGAUUCCCCUGCGUUCCACUUCUCUCUCGAUACUUGUUCGGAUGGUGAAGUUUACAACAUGGCCAUUCACGGCGGAGCCCGAGGCGGCCUGGACGGCAUCGAUGUUUGGGGUUCCAACAUCUGGAUCCACGAUGUCGAGGUCAGCAACAAGGACGAAUGUGUCACGGUCAAGAACCCUUCAGACCAUCUCUUGAUUGAAAACAUCUUUUGCAACUGGUCGGGCGGUUGCGCCAUGGGUUCCCUGGCCACCGAUACUGAUAUCCAUGACAUCGAGUACACCAACGUCUACACACACAACUCCAACCAAAUGUACAUGUUCAAGUCCUACGGCGGCAGUGGCACGGUCUCCAACGUCGCCCUUAACAACUUCAUCGGCCACUCCAACGCCUACACUCUCGAUCUCGAUGCCACCUGGUCCUCUAUGAAGCCCGUUGAAGGAGAUGGUAUUCUGUACACCAACAUGUCCUUCUCUGGAUGGUCUGGUACCUGCGCCAAUGGCCGACAGCGUGGUCCCAUCAAGUUCAACUGCCCUCCCGACGUGCCCUGCACGGAUAUGCUUGUCGAGGACUUCAACGUGUGGACAGAGUCGGGAAGCACGGUUGAGCACGGAUGUAAGAACGCUUACGGCUCGGGAGUUUGCCUAAAGGAGGGAGAUGAAGCCGGCGCUUUCACCACUACCCAGACCGUCACUGCAGCUAGCGGCUACUCCACUCAGACCAUGGACGGUGAGCUUUCUACCGGUCUUGGUCUGUCUGUCUCGAUCGCUAUUCCAACCAUCAGAGCCUCAUACUUCCCCGGUGUGCCCGUCAUCAGCGCCCGAAUGGCUGACUCUGCCGGCGAGGCCAGGGAUGCGGUCAGCGAUGCAACUUCAGCCAAGGAGGCCGCACCCGUUGAGACCUCUGCCCCCGCGGUUGCUACAUCAUCUGCUGAGGACGUUGCGUCUAUCGAGACCCCUGCUCCUGUUGUCGAGGCAUCGUCUGCUGAAGAUUCCGCGCCCAUCAAGACCUCUGUUCCAGAAGCCGCUCCCGUUGAUGUGACUACUGCUGAGGACUCUGCCCCGGUUCAGACUGGAGGCCCCUUCUUUCCACCAUUCCAGAGCUUUGGUGGACCAAACAUGCCAGACUUUGCCCUGGCCACGACCCUUGAGACCGCUAUCAAGCCCUCCGAAACCCAGGCUCUUUCAGACACUGAGACCGAAACCAGCCUUUCUGCUACUGAAUCAAGCGUCAAAAAGCCCAACGGGUCUUCUUGUAAUGCUAAGAGACGUCGACGUAGCCAGGCCGACUACUAG